UGGCGUUCAUUGUCUGUUAGGGCGUGCAGCUGGUAGGACGUUAAAACGGGAAUCUCCGUGGUUGCAUCAGAGAGUCUCUGUCCUAUACGGGUCUCAAUCGGGCACAAUCCAGACCACUGUCCACUUUAGUGUUGUUGGGUCACAAGAAAGCGUAGAAUUUAGUGAAUUUCUAGUGGAUGUUUAAAUAAGUGUUACGCAGAGUGGUUCUUUGGCGCUAAGAAGUAUCCGUACGAAGCAGCCUUAUCCAACAUCUAGGUGCAAUAGUGGCGUAUAGUGGCUAGAAUAAUGUAACGAUACACAGGACGGCUUGUGUAGUUGAAGUCGUUUGGUCGCUCGGUGUUAGAAUCGUUUCAGGCCAAGGGGAGGUUGGGGAGAUAUAACUAUCGAAUGCAAUCGCGAAUGCGUCGUCGUCCGUUUGACAUAUAUCGAUAAAAUAGUUUGCUGGACGACCGACGAGGGGCCGGAUCGGAUACAGUCUUUUCGUGUGUGUAUUCUGAAUACAAUCGAAGUGGAAUAGUGGUUUGUUGUCUACAGCAGCGAAGCAGUGAAUGACGAGUCAUACUACUGAUUGUACACCGCAAAGCAUUUACGCGGUGUUUGUGAAGGAAGUGCUUUUUCCUUAAAUUCAAUUUACGUGUAUCCUACCUACGGUGCAAGGAGGAUAGUGUGCCAAGAAGUGUUCGAAUCGAGCCCGGAGUCCCAUUCAUCAGUUAUCCUUGUGGAAGUGCAGCAAAAUAGCAGCCGAAGCAGACAACAUGAGUGCAAUCAAUAACAGCAGACACCAGAAGCUGGAACAGCAACGACAACUCAUGGAGGCCUACAUACGACAGAAACGGGCGACGCCUGGGAUGGUGCAAGCGAGUGAUAUGCAACUGGUCCGACCAAUGUCUGCGGUGAAUCGAAACGGAAGGGAAGUGCACGCUUACGAUGGACCGAUGCAGUUCAUGAUGUCUCCGAACAAUCCGGAUCAGAUUCUCACCUCGACGGGGAAUGCCUCUAUCACAACGACACCUACUUCACCGUACAGCGAUGCGCCUCUCGAAAAACUCACCCCCUCGUCACAGGACAGCGAAGAUGAGGAGAGCACUCCGGUGGACAUCCUUCCGUCGUCGAACAGCUUCGACUCGACCCGACACAGUGCCGAUCAUCUCCUGACGCAUUCUGCGCCGAUUUCACCCGCCCUUAUGAACAAUAAUGGAGGCAGCCAUCAUGAUAGUAGUAGUGGCAAGAGUGUAGAACAUUCCUCACCUCAAGCCAGUGGCCACAACGAUACCGAAGGGGACGUAGUUGGGCCAAUCGAACAGUGGGUGACGCAACCAGCUCCGCAAGGAGUCCUGUACAAAUGUAGGAUAACGCGAGACCGGAAGGGUAUGGACCGGGGACUGUUCCCGAUCUACUAUCUGCACCUGGAACGGGACUACGGCAAGAAGGUGUUCUGUUUAGCGGGGCGAAAGCGAAAGAAGAGUAAAACGUCCAACUACAUCAUUAGCUGUGAUCCAACGGAUUUGUCCCGGCAGGCGGACGGGUUUGUGGGGAAGCUCCGGUCGAAUGUGUUCGGUACGACGUUCUUCGUGUACGACAGCGGCAAGAAGGAAGACCACGGCAACCCGAGGCUAGACCUGGCCGUAGUGAUAUACGAUACCAACAUAUUGGGUUUCAAGGGGCCACGGAAUAUGACCGUUCUGCUGCCGGGUAUGACCGAGGACGACCAGAGGGUGAAAAUCAGCUCUGCCGAUGGCCAGCAGGGUCUGCUGGACAGUUGGAAGUCGAAGAACAUGGACAAUGUCGUUGAACUGCACAACAAGACGCCCAUCUGGAACGACGAAACGCAAUCCUAUGUGCUGAACUUUCACGGCCGGGUCACGCAGGCCUCGGUCAAGAACUUUCAGCUGGUGCACGACUCCGAUCCGGACUACAUCGUGAUGCAGUUUGGCCGAACCUCCGACGACAUCUUCACCAUGGAUUUCCGCUACCCGCUGUGUGCUUUUCAGGCGUUUGCGAUAGCCCUCAGCAGUUUUGAUGGGAAGCUGGCCUGCGAGUAAUCUACGGUCUACUCUUGGAAUUGGAAUCUAUGUAAUCGGAACAGAAUCUAAACCCUAGAAAUAUCGUAGCGAAACUUCAUCAGGUAACAAAAGUAGCAGAAGUGGAACACUUGAGUGUAGGAAACCGUUCAAAGCAAACACAUGCCACGUGGAGUUCGACGACGAGAGGUACCUCUGAGAGGUCUUCGGAUGCAAUUAGAAUAACUAUAAGUAGCGAGCAGAUGAAACUGUGAAGGUCGACAGAAUUGGUGGUCUUAGGUUUACUAAAGUAGGAUGGAUCGAACAAAUGGAGAACAAAACAAAGAUUUCUACUUGCGGUUUAGACCUUAAAUAGUUGAACAAAGAAGUGCUUGAAGAAAAAUUAUAAUUAAUGUUGAGUGAAGGCUAGAAAUAGCAUAAAAAAUAGAUAUACGCAGGAAACUGUAAAGAGCUUUGAAUAAAGUAGUUUAGAGGAUAUAGCAAGCGGAAUAAAGGAAGAGCAAUUGA